AGACGGUUUGCUGAUUGCCGGGUCUUGCGGUCGGGCUGUGAUCACACGGUCCAUCCAGGUUCAGAGUGUUCCUCCAGAAACCCACUACACCCUGUGCUGCGGGGACUGGACCCGGAGCAGCGCCUCCCGUUCAUCCAGGAGGAAGACACUAUUAUGAUAGCAACAGGGGGUGUAAUAACAGGGCUGGCAGCCCUUAAGAGACAAGAUUCUGCCAGAUCCCAGCACCAUCUGCCUCCUCCUCCAUCUGUUCCACAGAAAAGGAGACCCAAACGUAAACCCAAAGCUGAUGUGGUUAUAGUGAGAGGCAAAAUCAGACUCUACUCUCCUUCUGGAUUUUUCCUUUUUCUUGGAAUUUUUAUCCUGAUGGUCGGGAUUGCAAUGGCAGUUCUUGGUUAUUGGCCGCAAAAGGCAGUUAAGAAACAUGCUAUGUUUCCCAAAGCUGGAAUUUCUACCAACGACUCUGGUAUAGUUACAAAUCACGAAGGAGUAAUAGCAGAAUUCUUUGUACAGCAUCUAAACUCUGAAAAAAUGAAAAUGCUUGGCCCUUUCACCAUGGGGAUAGGGAUCUUUAUAUUUAUUUGCGCUAAUGCAAUAUUACAUGAAAACAGGGACAAAGAAACAAAAGUGAUACAGAUGCGAGACAUUUAUUCCACUGUCAUUGACAUCCACAGCCAAAGAAUUAAAGAACAGAGACAUAUGAAUGGGGUUUGGACUGGUCACCCUGUUGAGUCUGAUAUCAAAUAUUAUGAAAAUCAUUGUGCUGCUAAAUUAGCGGCUAAUGUAUUGUUGUCAUUUGCGGGUCCGCCUAAUGAUGGCACUUUUUCACGGAAUUGGAACUCCAAUGAAGAAGAUGAAGGACCAUUUAAAGAAGACUCCACUCUCUUAUCCCCAGUGUCCCACAUGCCACCAGGGUCCAUCUGUGGACUACAGCCAGGAAUUCCAAGGGGAAAAGAAGAAAAAAAUAGCAACCUUAAAAAAUGUGACACAAAGUCGAUUGUUUCAUCGUCCAUCAGUGCUUUCACACUCCCUGUUAUUAAACUCAACAACUGUGUCAUUGAUGAGCCUGAUCUUGAUAAUAUCACAGAGGAUAGUGAUCCCAGCAAAGGUCGAUCUCGACAGCCAUCUAUGGCCUCCUUAGUAGUUCCAUCAAUUGACAUUAAUGACUCCUAUAAACCACGUAGCCCACGAUUGCUGAGAAGCAACAGCACCACAACAGAUGGGUAUCCACCUAACAUGUCCCUUGAUGCACCCAUUGGAAUAUAUCUAUCACCAAGUAACUCCAAGAAAGAAUUUGGAUCAAACUCUUCUCUUCACAUGUUGUCUUGUCAUUCAAAAUCAUUGGACUUGGAGGGAGGUCCCUUGACACUCACAGUUCAAGCAGAGCAAAGAAAGCACCCAAGUUGGCCGAGACUCGACCGAAGUAACAGUAAGGGUUAUGUUAAACUGGAAAAUAAAGAGGAUCCUAUGGACAGGUUACUUGUACCACAUACCACAGUAAAACGUGAUUUUACCAAUAAAGAGAAAUUACUUAUGAUCUCAAGAUCUCACAAUAAUCUAAGUUUUGAAAGUAAUGAAUUUCUAGAUAACAAGUUAAGGCGUGGUGCAUCAGAAACAAGGUUUUGAAGGUGUUUUGCUUUUUACCAUGUGUUUGUAUUUUAAGGCAUUUACAUUUUAAAAAUAUGUAUUUAUAAAUAGUGAGAAAGUGCAUGUCUAUUUUAAAGAGAUGUUAUUUUCAGUACAAAUUAAGCUUGAACAUUGUGCAUUGUAAUUUGAACUGGCAUCUUUGCAUUAAUGGGAAUUUUCGUGAUGGUUUGCGGUUACAGCAGACAUUUUUUCAAGCUGUGUUUGUCAGUCCUGUAUUAACCAAAUGCUCAGGUAUUACCAAGAGCUGAGAUUGAGUUUCGAUCUCAGUCCCAGGAGAGAUGGCAGCAUCAGAAUGCGAAUUCCAUUUAAUUUCUGCCUACAUUCAUUGUUGGAUAGACAGAACUUAUUGAAAUAAAUUGUAAACGAUAUAAAAACUACAAGAACGUAUUAAUAUUUUAAUAUGUGUACGAAAAUGUGUUAAUGAGUAAACUGGGAGCUAGUGUUACUGGUACAAAGCUUAAGUCUGUAUAUUGUAUAACAAUUAGCCAGAUAUUUUACUAUGGGGCUUUUAUCAACUCCACAUUUAUGUUCUUAAUAUACAAUAUACAAUUUGCUAUUUUUGGAACAAAAUAAAAUGUACAUAUACUAUGAACUUUAAUAACUAUGUUUCUAUUUAAUUAUCAGCAACUAAUGAAAAGUUAUAUGGUCAGAGUUAAAUAAAUUGAGCCUGAACACAUUGGAUAGGUGAACAUAGAUUGGCAUGUGCAUUGUGUUAAUUAAUGCAAGGAAUGCAUUAUGAAAGUACUCAAAUUUUACACUAUUGUUUCUAAAGAUCUUUUCAACCAAUAUUUCACUUACCAACUAAUCUGGGAGACUGGGAAGCCUGGUAGAGUAAGAGUAAAAAAAAUCUAUUACACUAUUAAUAGUGCUUAAACACAUCUUCAAU